AUGGUCGAAUGGCGGCGAUGCGAGCGUGCUGAUUGUCGCGGGGCGUCUACUGGCGUCAAGACCGGAAUUAUGGCGCGUCACGGGGGAAAAGAGCGGUGGGCAGCAGCUUCAUCAGACGAUCCAGAUUCCCCCAAGCUGACGGAAUCUGUGGGGCAAGUUCAUAGAGACGCAGCGCGGCGCGGCGCUAUGGAGGAGGAGAAGGCGGCGGCGUACUAUCAAGAUCUCGUGCGGCGCGGGUCCAACGCGGCGCGAUUCAAGCAAGGCCUCGGGUUCGGCUCCAGCACCGCCGCUGACGCCAGUGGCGAUGGCGGCGGCGGCGGCGCGGUUUGGUCCAAAGGCGGUGCGGGAUUGACGUUCGUGGCCGCAUCUGGCGGCGCCGCGUCGUUCGAGCGGGAGAAUUUGGAACCGCCAACCCAGAAGUCACCGGGAGGCGGCGCGGCGCCAAUCGCGGAGACAUUUUCAGAAUCGGCGGAAGCGAUGGGGGAAACGCGGGCAGGCGGGCGGAUAGGGGAGGAGAUGGGGGGAGGAGCGCUGAGCGGAAGGACGUGGAGAGGCGGAAGGAGCGAAGCAGGAGUAGGGAGAGGGUUAGGAGAAGGCGGAGCAGCAGCAGGAGCAGAAGCAGGAGCAGGAGCAGCAGCAGCAGGAGCAGGAGCAGCGAGAGCAGCGGAAGGGAGAAGAGGAGGGGAAGGAGUAGGCGCAGCAGAAGCAGAAGUAGGAGCAGGGAGAGGAGGAGGAGAAGCAGGAGUAGCAGCAGGAGCAGGAGCAGGGAGAGGAGGAGGAGUAGGCGAAGCAGGAGCAGGGAGCGGAGGGGCAGGAGUAGGAGCAGGGAGAGGAGAAGCAGGAGCAGAAGCAGGGAGAGGAAGGGCAGAGGUGGGAGGAGGGGCAGGAGCAGGAGUAGCAGUGGAAGUAGGGAGAGGAGAAGCAGAAGCAGGGAGAGGAAGCGCAGAGCUGCGCGCGCAGCAGCUGAAGGAGAGGAUGGAACAACAGUUCCACAAGGCAGCCGCCAAGGAGGCAGCAUCAGACAAAGCGACGGGGCUGGGCGGCGAGUGGGAGCGGUUUGGAUUUGAUUCUACUGCUCCGCUGGAAGAGGAGAGGGAUGCAGAUGCUGACGUGGAGGAUGCAGAUCUGACGGCUGGGAUGGGCAGUGCUGAUGCACUGGGAGGGGCAGAAGAUCACGCACAUCUGGAUCAAAUCAAAUCCUCCUUCGUCUUCUCCUCCUUCUCAAAUCGUGGCACUACCACGCAGCAAGCACACGAAAAUGCUAUCUUUGGAGCACCACCUUCUGCAGCCACGGUGGCGGCAGCACUGGGAGUGGAGGAGGAGGACGAUGAGGAGAGUGUGCCGGUCAUUGUGGGGCUUGUGGUCGACACACGCCCUGCUGGUGACAGCACACGCAAUGCUGCUGCUGGCACACUCCAGCCACAUGCACAAGCAGUGCAGGAUGAGAGCGCUGGUGUUCCAGGUGGCGCGCUGUCAUUGGUGGAGGGGGGGGCCUCGGCUGGUGAGGUGGCGGGAGCAGGAGGGAUGGAGGACGGGGUGGCUUGGGCGUGCAAUGGGCAGCAACAGGUGUGUUUUGAGGGGUGUUGGAGUGGCAUGUAUGGAAGCAUGUUGAACGCAGGGAGUGCAGCGUGCAGGUGA